GUUGCCCAUAUUCCGCAAAUGCUAGAAUUUACUAUCAAAAUGGUUUGUUUACAUCUGAACAGAGGUCAUAGCGAGCUCCCAGCCGUAGCAUGGCUGUGUUGAUGUUUUCAUUUGAUUGGACGGUGUACGGGCUACGCAGCUGCUUGUUGUUAUAAUCGGUUAUUUCUGGAUAUAAUUAUUCCUACAAGGCUGUAGAAGAAUCUGUAAAUGCACCAGCCCUUUGUAGAAUCUCAUUGUCAAGGUCAGCUUAGUUGUAAACUAAGCAGACGAUUUUUUACUGUCAAACAAGCAAACAGCUGAUUGAGUGCGAGCGAUGCGUCUCCAUUUGACAUUAUGAAUAUACACAAUCAGGGACCACGUCAAGUGUUUCUUUACAACCACGGACGCACUCACUGGUCCCAGGGAGGGCCCAUCUUUUAUGAUCAUAGACGUAUCAAUCAUCAAGUUGCAAUUGGAACUGGACAAUUUCAGGGACAGUGGUUUCGGGGCCCAGUAGUACCAGCUGGCCCACAGAACUCUCCUCCAUUCCAGAAUUUUCGUGUGAAUAUUUCAUGGAACGGUCCUCUUAACGGUCCCUUUCACAACAAUCUGAAUAUACAUUUUGGCAGGAACUUUGUCAAUCGUGUUCACUACAGAACAAAUAUGAUUGGUGGAAGACAGGCUCCCCAGCCAAUGCUGGGGGUUGACGAGGACACUGAGUUGUGUUUUAUUUGUGGUGACUAUCUCCAGAACUGUAAUGAGCCUGGUGUACACAUGUGUGAUGGGGGGCGGGACCGGGACAGUUCUUCCAGGUGUAAUCAAAAUGCAAGACAUUCAUCUGAUGCAGACCAAAGGCAGGCAGAAAUUAACAAAGACAAUAAUAUCAAGACAAAGUUAGAAACUGUUCUUCAAAAUGUUCAAGACAGUUUGAAAAAUGACUACAAAACAGUAUCAGAAGCACUUGAAAAGUACCUCGCGGAUCGCAUCAGUGAGAUUAGCACGAUACACAGAGAGGUGAGCUCCCGGAGAGAGGCUUUAACCAAGCUACAACAGGAACUGGAAGCCAGGACCAAGGACCUGGAAGUGAAGGAGAAGAAGCUGGUGGAGUCCCAAAGCCAGUUCACCAAGGAAAGGCAACGGUGGGUGGAGGACAGCGAGAAGGAGAGGAUGGAAAUUGCUCGCCAGUGGCAACAGCUGAAGGAUGAGAUCACACGCAUGGAAGAGCUGCAUGAUGUACAGAAAGGACGUGUGAAGCUUGAUGUAGGCGGCCAUGUUUACACUACAUCCUUGCUGACCUUGACCCGUGAUGCUGAGUCCAUGCUGGCGGCCAUGUUCAGUGGACGCCAUGAGAUACGAGUGGAACAGGAUGGAACAGUGUUUAUUGACCGUGACGGCACACAUUUUCGCCACAUCCUCAACUAUUUGCGAGAUGGUGGAGUGACGGUUGACUCCUUGCCAAGGAGUCGACAGGUCCUGAAGGAACUGCGGAAUGAAGCUGUUUAUUACCAGCUGCAUGGCUUAGUGCAGCAAAUAGAGAAAUUUCUCUAACUAUUCCAUCUUGCCUUCUCAAUACAAUCCAAAUGCUUACACCAGAAAUCACACUGGUUUGACAUCACAAAUCUAUGUCUUGACAGCCAAAGAUAUCAGAUUCAUCCUAUAGCAGCAAUGCAAUGAACACAUGACACUGCCAAAGUUUACACAUUCAGGUUGGAGUGAGCAGCAGAAAUUGGGAAAGUUCAGACUUCUUAUGAAACAGUUAGUCCUGGUGAAAUUGAUCACAAAUAAAUUUCUUUUCAGAACAUGAUUUAAAACACUAUUUUGAAGCUGAAGGACUCUGUAAGCACGUUGGAUCCUAGGAUAGUCCAUACAGUAUGGUUAAUUUUCUUCUGCUUUGAGCAUACCUUGGCGCCCAUAACUUUGCUAUGUUGGUGUUUGGUGGAGGUAUUUUAGACAGUUCUUGUUCAUUCUACUUAAAAUGCCAAUAUUUACAAAACUAGUUUUUUCAGGAAACUAGAAAUCAGAGUGAAGAACGCAAUGUGUAUCUUGUGUUUCAAUUUAUAAAUAACAAAUUAUGUGUGUUUAAUUUUGGGGCCAUCUUAAUUUCAUAAAUUAUGCUAAAUAUGGAAUAAUGCUAGGGUUUAAUAUAAUGAAUUAUAUAUCAUAAUGUAAUGUUAUCUGCAUAAAUAUAUACACCUGCAGGGAUGCUACUGAGAAUGUUUGCUCAUUAUAUUAUACAUGUUUUGAAGCUACAAGCCAGAUUUGCAAAGAAAAAAUCAAACUCAAACAAUCUUGAAUUUGUUUUAUUUAUCAUAUCAAUUUAUUUGUUUAUUACCCAUGUUGAAAUAACAGAUUUGUAAUCUUAAAUUACACUUCACAUGCAGUCCUUGUAAAUCAAAUAUCUUGGAGUAAGCAUUGCAAACAUAAUAAUCUGUGUUAGCCGAUUUUAAGAAACUCGUAAUUUCUGUUACCUAUGUUGAAAUAAAUAAGAUUUAAAUCUUAAGUAAACUUAACAUAUUCCUUAAAAGUUGUAAUCAAAUAUCUUGGAGUAAACAUUCAAUAAACAAUAUUCUGCUUAUGGGCAUAUUUCAUAAUCCCAGUGAAAUUAAAGUAUGGUGUCCCAUGUUUCCUAAGAAACCAAGAAUCUUCUAGCUUAUACAGUGUUAGAAAGUGUUUUAUAUAUAAUCAGUAUGUCUUUCGAUUCAAUUCUUAUUCUAUACCUCGUAUAUGAUUGUGAUACCUUGUUGUAUAAUCAAUUAAAAUAUAUAUUAUUCAUAUAUAUCUAUAAAAUUAUUUUACCUACCAACUUUUAUCUAAUGUUUCUUUGAGUGCAAUGGAAAUGGUUAUAUUUCAUUUAUUCAACACUGUUGACUCAUUAGGAGCUUUCUUCUGACAGUGUAUGGUGUCAACAUAGACAAGAGGUCGCAUGUCCAAGGGGGUCAUCGUUUUAGGUUUAUAUAUAUAUAUAUAUGUGUGUUGGACAAGGCCUGUUUUGGGGGAGCUCUUUGAGUCAGUCAGUAUUAUGUGUUUUGAAUACACGUUUCAGAUUCUUCAAGGAAGAUUUUGAGUUUUGAGGAACUUGUGGUUUUCGGUAUUUAGCCAUCGCUAUAAUUGGUCAUCUAAAUAUUAACCUGCAUUGGGCCAAGAUUUUAGAUUACAAUUGUUUAUUGUUACAUAUUUUAUCUCUGGAAGAUGGUGUUCUACUUUGGCCUUUUCUCAUGGAAUUCAUAAUUGCUAUCAUUUUAGAUAAAUGCAUGUUAUUUGAAUUACAUCAAUAUUUGUGUCAAUUUUCUUGUAUUAUCUGAGUUUUAGUAUUGACUAUUUGGAAAAAUCAGUGAUCAUUUGAAGAAUAGUUGUCACUUCAAGACGAUAUAUUAGUGAAAAAUAAUGGAAUGGUUAAUGUGUGAUGUACUCGUAAUGUGGAAUGUCUCAAUUACUGAACCUGUGGUAUAAGUAGCCAUACACAGUGAACGACACCAUAGUUAUAUAGAUUUCACCCAAAAUGUGGUCAAAUAUAUACUCUCAAAUGACAGUUCUACAGUAGCUGUAAUUCAAACUUUCCAUUAUACACAUGCUUAACCACCAUAGGCAUGGAACCUAGUCACUAUACAGAAGCACUGUUUAUCAAUGCUUGUAUAUGAUUAAUAUGAGAUAAUUCACAAUAUUACCCACAUAUAUUCCAUUGCCUGUUCACCUACCCUAUAACCAUUUUCUUAUAUAAGCCUGGUAGGUAUAGCUAUUUAUUACUAUGACAUAUGUUAUAUCUACUUGUGAUGUUAUAAAGUAGAACCAAUGAUCCUUUAUUUUUGUGAUAUUUACCUAGUGCUGACCUAUUUGCUCCUGUGCAUGUUAUGAUAUACAAGAUCAACUAUGGUGUGCUGGCUUUCUAGUAAGAGUGGUUUGUAUUGUAUGUCACAUGUGACACGUAUGUGGGACUCAGGAACCGGUUUAGAUAACAAUUAUUAACCAAGAAAUUCACUGUCAGAUAUGUUGAUAUUUUUCAUACCGUGCAGGGUAAUGCCAUGUGUGAAAUCCCACAAUUGUUUUGGAUCAGUUCUUGAAUAAAUCUGCUUGUCACUACAAUUUUUCACUAUCAAAUUAGGCCAUGUUUAAUCCUCUUGAUGUUUUUCUCAGUAAUGUCAUUUCUAUUGAUCACGUUGAGGUUAUUUUAUCAUAAUAACAUGGCAUUUGAAAUAAUUUCAGCUUAGAUGUAUUUUUGGGGAAUUAAUCCUGUUAGACAUUGAUUUGAAAAGGAGAGUUAAGUGAAAAUGACAUUUGAGCUGUUGCAUUUCAUCAAUGUUUGUUUUCUUAUGAGAAAUAUCUAUAUUGAUCACUGAUCUGUAUUGUGAAAGUCCCUGAUAAUGUUUUGCACAGAUCCGUGAGUAAUUUUCUCUCUACAAGAGGGUGUCUCCUACCUUAUCUCUUAGUAACACGAUUGGAGUGAGUGAACAUUAUACACUGUCAUUCAAGUAUUACCGUACACAACUUAAAUAUUGUAACAGUUAACAUUUGCAGUUGUAUCUAGUGAAAUGUGCAGUCUUCUAACCUUUUCAGAGCACAUAGAUUUGAAAUAUGGAUGUAACUUAAUAACAGUGACUGUUUACACUUUUCUUCUGAUUAUCUGUACCCGGAGUUAGCUCCCUUAGAUUAUGAUCGCAUGUGUCGUUGCCGAAAUGUUUCAUGUAAGAGCUAGGGGUGUAAUGGUCUAUAUGAUACCCAUGGAAUAUACACAAUACAAGGACUAUACUUUUCUGUAUUUGUCAUUUGAAAAUUCUUGUGUAGUUUAUCGUGCUAGAUGUCACCUCAGGUGUUUUCUAUACCGUAUUCGCUGUCUUAAGUGCCCUACUCCUGUAAGUACCCCCUGACCAACUUGUAAGUAAUUUUGAUGACAGACAAGAUUAACUGAACAGCAAGGGCUGAAAAUGUACAUGACAGUCUGUAUGCUCUUGUGUAUAUUAUAGAUAUUCUUUCACAGAAAACAGCAGCAUUAAAGGGGAUAUAAUUGCUUAGUAAUUUUUAUCAAUUUCUUCAUCAAUGUUUGUACUAAGAUUAAUUAUGCAUAAUUCACUGACAUUAAAAAACUUGUGUAUGGUUUUAAUAACUAUCCCCGUUGCCAAUUAUAUAAGCCCCUUAGUGCUUAUUACGGCAAAUGCGGUAUUCUUCCUACCAUUGAUAGGUGACAUUAUCCAUCCAAAUAGAAGUAUGCUUUCUGUAUGGUAUUCAUAGUAAAAGUCCUUUUGAUUUAGCAUCAGAUCUUGGACAUACAAUACAUAGUAGACAGUUUUAAGGUUUAUGACAACAUGAACUGAAUGGUAGAAGAAAUUAGCAUCAGUAUGUAGUUUAAAGUCUGUGAAAUCUGUAUGGUACUACAUAUUGUAUGGUAAAGUCAGUAUUGUCAUAGGAAUCCAACCGUCUCUCAUGUUUAUGGUUACACCCCUAGUAGGAACCAACAGAAGUGGAAUCAACACGCUACAAGUAUUGUCUCAACAGUUUCUUAAGCAUGCUAUUGGUGUCUGUAAAUUAGAUGUAAUCGUAAAAAUGUUAAGUAAUCCUAAAAAAUGACCAGUGUUACAGUUUUGCCGCUAGGCUUGGAGUUUAAGAAGCUAAAGCACACCAGUUAGAGAGAAGAUGUGAUUCGAAGUGAGCUUAUUUGUGGGUAGGAUUCAGGUGCUGAACCAUAUAGAACUGGACAUACUGUACACUUAAUAUUGUGAGGUUUAGAAUUGGCUGUGGUUGGUGAGCCUCCUUGUGAGUACAUUGAGUGUUUAAAUAGAGAAAAACAGGUUUGUAGGUAUUUCGGUUCCACGUGAUACAUUUUUAAAUUGGGCUUUUGGGCUUUGGUAUUUAUGGUAAUAAGCAUACCGUGUAUGUAUUUUAUCAAUAUAAGUGUAUACUUGUUGAGGUUUAAAGGAUUUUUAAUGACAUAUGUUCCAGCAACAUAGUCAGUUGCAAUACUUUCAUCAUGCAUAUCAAUCACAACUUAUAUGCAUCAGCAUUUUAUAUUUGAGGAUCUGGUUUUUUUUCAUAUAAAACAAAAUAUGGGCGAAAAUCUAGGUUUCUUUUAGAUUUGGAUGCUUCAGCUAUGAUUUUACCUUGUCAGACACAAUAAGCCCUUGAUCAUACCUUUUAUGAUAUGAUUAUCUCCCUUUGUUACAAAUGUUACAGUUAUUGAUAUUUACUAGGUAUUGACUUUGUUGUGAAUCCUGUUGAUUUUAAUUUGUUAUUAACCUCCUUCAAUGCAAUAAGCAGGGAGUUGCUGGCUGUCUGCUAAGUGAUAAGCUAUAAGUAAUUGUUCAGUGGUAGACAGUAUGGACCUGAUCAAGCACUGUUCCCAAAACUUAUUCCCCAGUCAUUAUGAAUCACAAAUAUUGGGAUCCAGGUCAGAAUAUUUCAACUGUGGAGACAAAAUAUUGGAUUAGUAUCAUUAUACAAAUUUACAUGAAAAGAGAAUUUUUAAAAAUUAUGCAAAUUUCUGCCAAGUCAAAGCAUCAUGAGCAGUUACGCCAUGUGUAUUUUUGCUGAUAAAUGUUAUUUUAAGAAAAUCUGUUUCAUUUGCUGCUGUGAGGAUAAUAUUAUAAUCAUAAAAAAACAUGUUUCUCAUUUCUGCCCAUGUUAUUUUUUCACCCAGUUUGUCAAAUCAUUCUCAUCCAGAUUUGGGAAUGGUGUACUGAAAGCAGAUAUCAGCAGCAUUAUUCAUUUGUCUGUGUGCCUUGCUUAAGAAGAGAAAGCCAUACAAGGCCAUAAUGCCAUUAUUUUUACAAUGAAUCAUAAAAGACUCAAUUUCUUAUAUUUUUAAUAAUUUCUGUUGAACAAGUGCAUCUGUCAUGUGAUAUCUGGGAUGUUAUAUGUCACUAUGGUUUAGGAAAGAAAAUGCUUUGCAAUAUUCAAAUAUAUAACUCAAGUCUUAGGUUCAAAUAAAUAACUCAAGUAUAAGGUAAAUUUGUAGUGUAUCUAAAUAUCUCCUAUAACAAGACAGCACUUAUGUUUCAAGAGAGUGAUAAACAUUGAAUAACUUGUGUUUAGUUAGUUCCAAAAACAAAUUCAUAUUUUCUGUCUUCAAAGUUUUUUCUGACCAGGAUCCUUGGUUUGUGACUGAGAUUAAUCAAACACAUAUGUUGGCCAACAAUAUGAUCUCUUGUCAUCCUCAACACAACCCAUGUUUAUUGAUUACACUUUUGUGUUACCUCAUUCCAUAACAGACCAGUCUGAUAGGCAGAACAUCACUGUGGAGAAUCCGUGUGAAACACACUGAACAUGUGAUAGAACCUGGCAGUGUUGGACACAGAGCCAUCCCACACCGAAGUUCCUGUAGAUUCAAACCCAUAUGAUAUACAUGUACUUUGAAAGUGAAACAUAUCAGUGUUCCGGUAUUGACCAGUUAGGAUAUAAUUGUACUUUAAACCGUCAUAUUGACCAAUUUGAAUCUAGUAUUUUCCAAAGCCAUGGAAGCGUAUCAUGUAAAUAAUUCCAAAUCUUGAUUGAAUGUAUGAAUCAUUGUUUUCACCCCAAAACUGGAUAGCUUUUCUUGUAAUUUUAUCUAAAUCUGUUAAAUGGUAUUUUAUUGAUAUUUUAGUCUAUCACAUUUGACUGCAUUCAUAUUUUUUAACCGACGGUUUCUACCUACCUUGUAUUAACAUUUCCUGUAAAUUAUUUCACAACCUCAAGCAAAUAUUAAUGUCAAUGCCUGAUAAUAAAUAAACAGUCUCGAUUAUCUGCCGAAACAGAUUCCAUUUGGCUUAAAACAUUGUGAAAAUUACAUGAGUGGAUCACUGAAAGUCUUGACUAUUAAGUUUUGAUAUACAGUUUGAAAAAUAUUUUGAAUGGAUAUUGACAGUACAAUUACACUGUAAAUAAAAUGAAAUGACAGUGAUGGUGUCACAGUGACACUGUAGUGUUCAGCAUCUCAGACUGGUCUUGCGUGUUAUUCAUGUAGUUCAUAUACACACAUUUGACGGUAUGCAUAAUUCCACUUCAUGGGACAUCCUAGCUGCAUGUUUGCUCAAUAUUAUGCAGAUUUUACUCAGGUCAUGUAAAGGUAUUCUUCUCCUGCACACUGGGAGGACACAAGGAGGUUACGCUGUAUCAGUUUGCCGACUCUGGUACUGCUCCUCAUCCACUACACAAUCCCCUCUCCAGAAGCUGGCAUCCUACUGUAAGCAAUACGUGUGCCCUGAGGGCCUCCAUUUAAUAUUUGGUCACAAAUCUGGAGGAAGGGUUAACAACACAAACAUAUCAGGGAUGGUGAAUCAAUGAAUAACUUGUCAUGCUCAGUGGGUUUGUUAGAACCUUUAAUAACAGUAUAUUGAUGUUUAUUUGCCCUUAUAUAUUUGUAUAAAUUCAAGACAUUUCCCACCAAACUCUUUGAGUUAUAUGCCAGUUGGUAUGCAGGUAGGCCUGCAGCCUAUCCAAGAAAACAUCCUCAAAAUCAUUACAAUCAAUAUCAACUUUUGAUAGGACUAAUCAGAUAUGUCAUUCUAUUCCAAUAUACUCUUGACAUGAGAAUCAGUUUGUGUCAUGGAGAGAUAGAAAUAUCCCUAUCAAGAGUGGAGAAGUAUCCAGUGGAACAGUGUUGGACCUGCUUGUUAUUGGGUGGAAACAUUCUUAUUAUUUACGGGAUCAGGUGGUCAGGCUCGCUGACUUGGUUGAUGCAUGUCAUCAUAUCUCAAUUGCGUGGAUCGAUGCUCAUAACGUCAAUCACUGGAUUGUCUGGUCCAGACUCGAUUAUUUAUAGGCCUCCAUCAUAUAGCUGGAAUAUUGCUGAGUGCGGCGUUAAACAACAAACAAACAAACAAAUCUUAUUAUUUAUCUUGUUUAUUUUCUUCAGAGAUGCAUUUCCCACACUUCUCUAUCAAGCUGCAGGUCACUGUAACCAGGCGGAUCCAGCUUGUGUAUGCAUGUUGGUUGUUCAGGCGUGACAACAAGCCCAUAAACAUACAGAGCCUGCAGCCAUUCAGUUGUGUUACCUCCUUGUGUCCUCUGUGCAGCAAUCGUGUAGGUUUUGCUUGUAGACAAUGUUGAUUGUAGUAUGUACCCAUCAUUGUCCUCCUCUAACCGUCCCCUAGCAUAUACUCCCAAUUAUUUUUACGCCUUUUCCAGAUCAGUGAGAUACUGAUAGCUAUUCUUGAUAUAUUUUUCAGAAUGUAAUUAGGUGUUUUUUGACGUGAUAGAAAGAUUUAUAAAAAUAGAACUUUACAGAUGUAGUUUGAAUAAAUGUUUAUUUACAUAAUAUUUUCAAAUUUUAUCUUGUACCAAACUGAUACUUUUUUCUCUAUAUCGCUAAAUAGUAUGAUAAUAUUGUCUUCCCUUUCCUCACAGCCUUCUAAAUAUUGAGGGUGACAAAUCUAUUGGGUACUUUUGCAUGACCUAGAUGGGCAUGAGUGGUUAUCAUAUACACAACAGAUAUACAUGUUUUACUUCCUCAUCAGGGGGAACUGAGUAGCCAAGUGGUUCAUGAACUCACUUGUUGUGCUUAGGAGGGGUUUGAAUUUUACAAAGGGCACUGUGAUGGCCACCCUGGUGUGCCCCCUGCUUUGGUGGAAGUAUAGUUAAUGAGACUUUAUAAAAUAGACAAUCACCAGCUGUGUCUUCAGUGAUAGAUAAAUAUUACAUUAUUAAGUGUAAUGUUUGAAAUUAUUAGAAACGUUUGAGAUGUUAUAGUUUGAACUGAAAUAAGAUUAAAUUCCUAUUCUUUGUGAUAAUGUUUAGCUUUACGAAAACUGAACAUUUACCUUAUUUUCAGAGAUUAGGACAAGCAUUCAGAGCUUCCAUCACCAAGAAACUAUUCUUGUAUGUCUGUUGUAUUUAUGCUAACUGUCUCUUUCUCAGAAGGAUAGCAUGUGUAUGUAUGUGUAUGUAUACACGCAUAUGUCUUUUAAAUUGGUUGAAUGUGCACCCUUUAUAAUUUUUGUAGAAUAAACAAAUGCUAUAUACCGCUGA